AUGGCAAGGCCUCGUGCCAUCUUUGUGAUGUGGAUGGCAUGCCAUAAUAGAUUGAAUACGAAAGACAGGUUGGCUAGAUUUGGAAAUAUCACUGAUGGAGAGUGUCUUUUCUGUGGAGAAAUUGAAACUUGCAGCCAUCUGUUUUUUGCUUGCAGGGAAACAUAUUCUCUGUGGAAACUAGUCCUCCACUGGAUUCAUAUUGAUCACAGGCCCCAAGCUUGGGAGAAUGAGUUGAAAUGGAUUAUUGUUAGGAGAAAAGGUAAAAGCUGGAUUGUUAAGAUGCUGAAAAUUUGUGUUGCUGAGGUUAUCUACUAUGUCUGGAAUGCUCGAAAUAAGAAGGCUUUCCAAGGCAUUGACAGUGUUCUCAACAUCCAAGAUAUCAAAGAAAUUAUUUGUACUAGGGCGCAAUUGGAUAGACAACUUAGGGUGUUUUGUAAUGAUCUCUAA